AUGCAAGGCCUACCUGCACCCCCUCCCUCCCCUCCCUCCUCCCAUCACUCUCCCGCCCUUCCGCAGCAGCAGCAGCAGCCGGGGCAGCAGCAGCAGCCGGGGCAGCAGCAGCAGCAGCAGCCGCAGCAGCAGCAGCCGGAGCAGCAGCAGCAGCAGCAGCAGCAGCAGCAGCCGGAGCAGCAGCAGCAGCCGGGAUGGCAGCAGCAGCAGCAGCCGGUGCAGCAGCAACGGCAGCAACAGCAGCAGCAACGGCAGCAGCAACAGCAGCAGCGGCCUCAGCAGGGGCAGCAACCCCAUCGCCCGCAGCGACAGCGCGCCACCUCCUGCUCCUCCCCCUUUCUCCUUCCCCGCAUGCACACCCGAUCUCUGGAUCCCAUCCUUGGGACCCCUCCUCCUCCUUCCCUGCAACUCCUUGAGGACUCUCACGAGGAGUUCCUCGCCAUCCAGCAGCACACUCCGUUCAUAGCCACCCUCUUUCUUGACUUCCUUGGCUUCCCCGUCCUCGGCGCCACCUCCACCCCCACCAUCUUCACUCCCUCCACUUUCCAAGAGGCCAUCACAUGCCCUGACGCGGACAAGUGGAUAGCAGCAAUCUUCCAGGAGUGCGAGGCGUUUAUCCGCAACGACUCCUUCGUCGACGUUCCCCUCCCUGACGGUGCCAAUCUUGUCGAGGGCAAGUGGGUCUUUCGGGUGAAGCAACUGCCGGACGAGGAACCGGUCUACAAGGCCCGCUACUGCGCCAAGGGCUUUACACAGACACAUGGGGAGGAUUUUUGGUUCACUUACGCCCCCACCGCCAAACCCCCCACCCUUCGCGCAACCCUCGACGUUGGUGCGCGUGAUAACAUGGAGAUCGACUGCAUGGACGUCUCCAAUGCGUUCCUGCAGGGCGACCUGCAUGAGCGCAUUUUCCUCCGCCGGCCACCUGGGUUCCACGCAGCCUUCCCUGAGAACACUGUCUGGCAGCUGCGUCGCCCUGUCUACGGCUUGAAGCAGGCGCCGCGCGAGUGGCAUGCAAAGCUGGCUGCCACCUUAGGGUCACUCGGCUUCUCUCCCUCCCACUCCGACGCCAGCCUCUUCAUCCGCUCCUCCCCUCGCCGCUUCUUCAUCCUGGUGUACGUGGAUGACAUGAUCCUGCUCUCUGACACGAAGGCCGACAUGGAGCAGAUGAAGCAGUCCCUGCAGCAGCGUCUCAAGUGCAAAGAUCUUGGAGCCCUCACCCACUACCUGGGCAUGGCUAUCACUCGUGACCGCUCUGCUCGCACCAUCACCCUCUCCCAGUCCCAUUACAUCGGCCAGAUCUUGGAGAAGUUCGACAUGGCGCAGGCCAAGCCCGUCUCCACCCCCCUCCCCUUCGGCCACCAACUCGCCCCACCCACCUCUCCCACCUCCUCCCCUCACCCCUAUGCCGAGCUCGUUGGGUCCCUGAUGUACGCGAUGAUGUGCACCCGCCCCGACCUCGCCUAUCCCAUCAGCGUGCUCGCUCGCUUCGUCGGCACCGGCCGCCACAGUGAGGAGCACUGGAAGGCGGCCAAGCGGGUCCUCCGCUACCUUCGAGGGACCAAGGACCUUGCCCUCACCCUUGGCGGUUCUUCCCCUCCUCUCCUCUCGGGCUUCAGCGACUCCUCCUGGGCCGACACGCAGCCGGACCGCCGCUCCUCCCAGGGCUACGGCUUCACCCUUGGCAGCGGCCUCAUCAGCUGGCGCUCCACCCGCUCCUCCGCCAUCUCUCUCUCCACCUGCGAGGCCGAGCUCUACGCCGGCACCAUGGCCGCUCAGGAGUCCCGCUGGCUCUGCUUCCUCCUUGCCGAGCUCGGCGCUCCCCAGACAUGCCCCACUCUCUGGUGCGACAAUGCCAGCACCAUCCAUCUCACUGAGGACCCUGUCUACCAUGCCCGCUCCAAGCACAUCGAGCUCCGCUAUUUCUUCAUUCGCGAGCUUGUCCAGAAGGGUCUCAUUGCCGUUCGCAAAAUUGCGACCGAGGCCAACCUGGCCGACAUUUUUACCAAGGCCCUCCUUCGCCCUGCGCACUCCGCUUUCCUCCGCCUCAUCAACCUCGCUCGCCCGGGCGCUCCUUGA